CUUCUUUUCCCAUAGAUAUAAAUACAAUGCCUCCUUUACAUUUCAUUGGAAGACGUUCUGCUGUUUAUAGUACUCAUGCCAUGGUAUCUAGCUCUCAACCUUCUGCCACUCAAGCUGGUAUUGAAGUGCUUAAAAAAGGUGGAAACGCUGCUGAUGCUGCUGUGGCUGUGGCUGCUGCACUUGGUGUUACAGAACCUUCUUCUACUGGUAUUGGUGGAGAUGCUUUUUGUCUUUUCUAUGAUGCGAAAACCAAAACUGUCAAAGGACUCAAUGGGUCUGGAAGAACACCUGCCAAUUUGACACUUGAUAUUAUUCGAAAAGAAGGCAUUGAAGGUCAAGGUUUACCCAGUAAAAGUAUUCAUGCUGUUACUGUUCCUGGUGCUGCUGCAGCUUGGGCUGAUUGUGUGGAAUGGUUUGGAUCAGGAAAAUUGGAUCUUGCCACUGUUCUAAAGCCAGCGAUUGAUUUAGCUGAAAAUGGUUUUCCUGUUGCUGAAGUAUCUUCUCAUCUUUGGAAAGCACAACAACAAGAUUUGAUCGACUUGAACCCUGGGCAGCAGAUAGAAUACCUUAUAGAUGGUCUACGUGCUCCAGAUGAAGGUGAUAUUAUGACACUUCCAACACUGGCAAAAUCGUAUAAAGUACUCGCUCAUCAAGGGAAAGCCGAAUUUUAUCAAGGAUAUAUUGGUCAAGCCAUUGUUGAUGCUGUUCAAAAUCGUGGAGGUGUAUUGACAAUGGAAGAUUUGGCCAUACAUUCAUCUCAACCAGUAGAACCCAUUUCCAUCGACUAUCACGAUCAUACAGUAUGGGAAAUCCCUCCUAAUGGUCAAGGCAUUACUGCAUUGAUGGCUCUUGGUAUUAUUGAAGCUUUAGAAAAGAAUGGUUCAGUCGAUUUUACACAACUGGAACAUAACUCGGCAGCUUAUCUUCAUGUGGUCAUUGAAGCUUUACGUUUGGCUUUUGCAGAUACCCGUUACUAUGUUGGCGACCCUGAUGUUGUUCAUGUACCUAUUCAAGAAUUGUUAAGCAAGGAAUAUUUAGCAGAACGAGCAAAAUUGAUCGACUUGAAACAUCGUAAUGGAAACAUUCAAAAAGGGUAUCCUGAAAAAAUGGGCAACACAGUUUACUUUUCAGUAGUGGAUGAAGAAGGCAAUGCUUGCAGUUUCAUCAAUUCAACAUUUAUGGCAUUUGGUUCAAACAUUAUCCCUGAAUCAUGUGGAUUCCCUCUUCAUAACCGUGGUUGCAACUUUGUAUUGAUAGAAGAUCAUCCAAAUUGUAUUGCUCCUAGCAAACGACCUUACCAUACCAUUAUUCCAUCGAUGAUUACCAAGAAGCAAGAUAAUGGAGAUCAUGAAUUUGAAGCCUGUUUUGGAGUGAUGGGUGCUUUUGCCCAACCUCAAGGUCAAGUUCAAGUGAUUCUGAAUAUGCUGCGAUACCUGCAAAACCCUCAACAUUCUUUGGAUCUGCCUCGUAUCUGUGUAGCUCCUCCUGCACCUCAAGACAAAAACAAGAAACUGGAUGCAAAUGCCUACUCGUUCACCGAUGUAUCUCAAUCAGUUGUUUAUUUGGAAGAUGGUAUCACUACACAAGCUAUUCAAGAACUGGAAACUAUGGGUCAUACUUGUAUUCAAUUGGUGGGUCAUGCUCGAUCCAUGAUGGGUCGUGGUCAGGUCAUUCGUUCCAAAUAUGAUCAACGUACAGGCAAACGUGUCUUGGUGGCUGGUUCGGAUCCAAGGGGUGAUGGUCAUGCUGAAGGUUGGUGAUUAGCAAAAUAGUUUAUAUUAGUAUUUAGUUUCGUUUUGUUGUUAUUAUUAUGGUUAUUCGAAUAAAACGAACGGGCAGAAAUGAUUAUGCCAUUAUGGUGAAAAA